AUGCGCGCGGGCACCAGAUUUGUGCGAGAGAUUGUGAGUCUUGGUUUUGUUAGGGAACAAGGAGUGGAGGUGCGACUUAGUAGACGAGAAGAGACUGGGACCUCCAUGUCUUCGUUUCUAUGGGGAUUGCAAAGGUUAAGAGCUGCGCUUUUCCCUGUACUUGUUAACGCUCCCUGGACUCGUGAAGGAACUCUGAACUCGGAUAUCGGCGGAUUCAGAUAUAUACACACUGCAUUGAUUGAAAAUGUCGGUCAUCUACACUUGACACAUCUCCAAAGAUCUGCCGUCCAGCCUCCAUUCCCUACAUUUUACAACAGUAGAUUCUCCUCUAGCAUCAAGCAGAUAUGGCACAAGAUAAUUCCAUCAAGUGAUCAAAUUGAAACUCUUGGUAUCAAAAUUUAUCUUGAUGCUUGCCAAAGUAUAAACCAUCUUGAAAAUCACACUAAGAAAUGGCUUCAGCAGUGA